UGUUUCUGGACUAGCCCAAAGAGCUCGUGGGUGAAUGCCUGGUCGCUCCAUCUGCUGACUGCUGUCAAAACCUGCACACACACACAGCAAAGAUGGCGGACGCCGACUGGGAUAAUGACAACUUCGAACAUCUUGAACCGAUCCCAAAGGCGGUUGUACUGGACAAAUGGGAGGGCGAAGACGAAGAGGAUGAUGUAAAGGACAAUUGGGAUGAUGAGGAGGAGGAGAAGAAGGCGGAGGUUAAAAAAGCAGAGACAAAAGUGUCAGAAAAGAAGAAAUUGAGUGAAAAAAUCAAAGAAAAAGAAAACAGAUUAAGGAAAAAACAGGAGGAGAAGCGUUCAAUGGAAGCAGAGGAGCUGAGUCCUGAAGAGCAGCAAGCGGAGAAGCUGAGGGUGAUGCAGCUACAGGAGGCAGCAGAUCUGGAGCUCGCUAAGGAGGCUUUCGGUGUUAGCAGUAGUAACAACUUGUCAGGUCUAGAUGCUAUGUGCCCAUCCUCCAAAGACGACUUCACAGAGUUUGAGAAGCUGCUGAAAGAGAAGAUCUCUCAGUUUGAGAAGUCGGUUCAUUAUUCAAAUUUCCUGGAUUCCUUGUUUCGGGAGCUUUGUAUUUCAUUGGAAGUUGAAGACUUGAAGAAGAUCAGCGGUUCUCUGACAGCUCUACUGAAUGAAAAACAGAAACAAGAAAAACAAAACAAGCAAGGCAAGAAGAAGAAAAAAGGUGUGGUGCCUGCUGGAGGGAUGAAGUCCAAGAUGAAGGACGACCUUGCAGACUACGGCGAUUUUGAAGGCGGCUACACCCAAGACUAUGAGGACUUCAUGUGACAACGGCCUCCCCACCUCCACCACACCCCCUCCUCCUCCUCCCCCCAGACAUGCAGCUGCUCCCCCAACAUAGUGCCACUUUGGAACUAUGUGUCAUUCUUCAUUUUGCUUCUACCACCUGAGGGACUACAGGGAGCAUCUUGUAUCACAACCUCUUAUGUUUCACACAUAGACAUGGACCUGCCUUUUCUUUCCUUCAUUCUGCCUCAAAACACAAAUCCUCAAGUCACAAAACCUCUCGACCCCAUUGUUCACGAUCAGUUUAACGACCCAGCUUCAGUCAGAAAAUACAAUGCCUGCUGUCUGUGUUCUGUGUAGGUAUCAUUUUUGAUUUAGGAAAAUGAUUGCUCGUCUCAAAAUACAGCAGAUUACAAAGUAUUGCUAAUUGCAGCUUCAUAGAAACGAUUGAGGUUCUAUGCAAAUUGUAUUCAACCAGAAUGUCUGUAAAUAUUAGGUCUCUCACUUUGCCUGUGAUUGGGUUCCUUACAGGAAAAGUAUAUAGUAUCUAUAAACCUUUUGGUUGCCAAAUACAAGAAUCAAAGUACAUUUCAUCUUCAGAAUAAAUAAAGAAGUUUAAUUAGUUUUUGCUUUGGACUGAUACUGACACUACAGGUUGAGUGGGAGCCCCAGGGCUUCACUGGAAAAAGGGACAGAGAGAGUAGCAGAGCGACCACCUCACAGACGCUCUCUGGAAACGUCUGGAAUAUCUUUGAAGAAGUUGAAGCAAAGGAAACUUCUUUUUGUUUUUUUGUGUGUGUAUUCAACAAUGUAAUUAACAAAAUAGGUGUAAUUACUCCUGAUGCAGAUAGAGAAGUGUGAUCUGGCGAGUUGUCCUUGGCUUGCAGCACAAAGUCCCCUUAUAACUGCUUUUGCAGGCUUGUAUCCAAUGAAAUGUGUAGAAGGUGGCCUGUAGUGUCUGUCCUCAAAAGGGACAGUCUUGAAGGUGGCUCGUUAACCUUCUCCCUAUUUGCUAAUUAUCGACCAGUUCCAACUUGAUCAGGAAAGGGGUAGGGUAUUAAGACUCCAGCAUCUGCUGUGUUUUAUAUGCAUCAUAAUUUAAUAAAAUCACUGGUCAGAAAUAA